GUUUGUUGAUGUCGGUGCAGAAGUUGUGCGCCCACUUCACUGAGGAGCUGCUGCUUUUGUGACUCUGGCUGUGUACGCGCGCACGUAACUCCCAUUAAGAGACGUGCGCGUUCACGUGGUGGUGGUGGUGGUCGCAGCGGUGCAAAAGGAUUCACAUAAUCAUGCAGGAGCCCAAACAACAUGCAGAAAUGAUCUUAAUAAGCUCAAUGAGCAUGAGAGGAGGCCCGCAGUGCUGCAGGUGUGGACAGCUGAACACAAUAUUGUACAACUGCUGUAGCGCCCCGUUGUUCUCUGUGUGUGGAUGGUGGCUACAAAGGAGGCAGGCAGCGGCGCACAAGUCCCGCCUGUAUUUCCCUCUGGAGGAGUCUCAGUGUCGGAGCUGCCGGCUGGGGAUUGGAGCGGCGGCGUGUCAGUAACUGAGCCCACCCUCCACACCGUGUGCAUGAGGGAUACCGAGCCAGACAGUGACGGAUCUGAUCCUCCACUCAUCAGCUGCCUGUCACACCAGCACGCCUGCACGAUACCGGACCCGCGUUGUGACACCUGGCCGGGAUGGAGGGAGAGAUGCAGCCCGCAGAUGAGGGGCCGUGCGCCCCCAAGAUGUGCCGACAACAGCGGGGUCCGUACAGCACCCUGAAAACCUUCCAAAGCAAGCGCUCGGCUGGCAAGUCGCGCUUUGACAGGUCCGCUGUGGUCGAGGUGCCUCUGUUUGGCGACGGACACCACUUCACUUUCCAUCCCGAGCAGCCUCACCAUUUCCAGCCGCACCAUCACCACCAGCACCAGCAGCAGCGUCUGCAGCUCCACCAAACCGGCGUCGCUAUCAGCAGCAGCCAGCAGCAUCACCCGACGCCUCAGCAGCAGCAGCAGGAUCGCUUCCCAUGUGAGAACAGGCCCAACAGCAGGGUCCCGACAUCCACCUCAGCGGCGGCGGCUGCAUCCCCCGGCACCCAGCAGAGGCGCGCCGGCAGCGGCAGAGCGGAGCCCAGAUUCUCCCCUGACUGCAGCUACGGGAUCAGCUCAGAGAAUCGUCUCAUCCUGGACGCCUUCGCCCAGCAGUGUAGCCGAGUCCUCAGCCUCCUCAACAAUGGCCGUCUCCUGGAGCCCUCCUCUUCCUCACUCACCUCCAACAUCAAGCUGGAGGACGGGCCAGGGGAGGUGCAGGGGCUUCACUGCUCCUCAUUAGGGAAGUCCAAACUUGAAGAGAGCUCGUCCACCACAGACCCGGAGGAGGAGGCCCAACAAAGCCAUUUGAACCAACAACAGACCUCUGCUGUUCUCCGCAUCUUCACAGACUCCCUACAGAACUAUCUGCUCUCAGGGCCGCAGCCGCAGCAGCAGCAACAUCUGGCUGCAGGUCUGGAGGACGAGCAGUGUCCGCUGGCGGAGCCCGGCUCGGGGGUGUCUCCUCCGAGACACAACCUGGGAGGCUGGGGCUCGCCGACUCCAUCGGAGUCGUACGGCCACCCGUCGUCCACGCUGCCUGAGGAGGAAGAGGAGGAGGAGAGCUGCUGUCCACGCUGCCUGGAGUUGGAGCAGGAGGUGCUGUCGCUGCAGCAGGAGAACGAGGAGCUGCGCAACAAACUGGAGAAUAUCCCAGUUCCCUGUCAAAAUGUUCUCGACUACUUCAAGACUGUUCUUGAGUUUCACAACCAGCUGGUCCAGCCGAUGCCGGAGGAGCAGCUCACCGAGGAAGAAGAACGGCAAACAGUCUUUGAGGGCAGUAAACAGCUCCUGGAGAACUACCCUCUCUUCAUCUCUAAUAAACAGUGGGACGAAGCCGUCAACUCCUCUAAGAAAGACGGCAGGCGGCUGCUGCGCUACCUGAUUCGCUUCGUCUUCACCACGGACGAGCUCAAGUUCUCCUGCGGUUUGGGCAAGAGGAAGCGUUCAGUCCACUCAGGAGACCCAGGCCUGGAGAGACGGCCGCUCAACCCCGUCAAAGUCAGCUGCCUCAGAGAGUUCAUCCGGAUGCACUGUGCCUCAAACCCAGACUGGUGGAUGCCCUCCGAGGAGCAGAUCAACAAAGUGUUCAGCGACGCAGUCGGUCACGCUCGUCAGGGCCGAGCGGUCGGUACGUUCCUGAGCAGCAGCGGCAGCAGCACCAGCAGCCUCUAUAUGGACGGCUUUGAUGGACACCUGUCACAGGACGAACUGUAUUUAAAAGGCUGCCAGAACGGCCAGUCGGACUGAAGUCAAAGGAGAAAUAAAAGACAAAUGCCUGAAAUGUAGCUGUACAACAACAUAUCCCAAAACACUGACCUUAACCUGUCACUUUACACAGUGAAGAAAACAUUCCAGAAGUUUAUCAAACAGAAUAUAACUACAGUCGCUCUGAACCAGUUUGAAUAGUUUGUAGCUUUUCUGCCAUUUUUAUAC